AUGUCUGUUUACCAACUGUGCUUCAUUUUCGGAGGAAUCGGCGUCUAUGUGCUGGACCACCCGAAACGGUUGACGAGGAUCUGCGGUGAUCUCGGCGCAUUCUUGGAAGCCCCAGAACUCGAAAGUAUCGUCUCGCUCGCGAUGAACGCUAGUUCGGACUGGUUCUGCGUCUAUACUGGCACCGACAAGAGAGGCAACACAGUGACACGGUCCAGAACUUCCAAAGGGUUCGGAAGUAGGGACAUUAGGCAAUUCCUCAAGAAGAAUGGUCGACGAAACUGCAAAGCCGCGUUCGGUUCCAGUCCAGAUGAAUGGCUCUUAUACAGCAGCGACGACUGGAUGACAAGUGUAGCUGUCAGUCAAACCAACGAACAGUUGAAUGAAGCCUUGCACACUGUUGAUGACACAGGUCAAACGAUCAAGUCUGUAUCCUUGGGGAUCAAUCAGUCGUAUGUUGUGCUCUGCACCGACGGGGAUUAUUAUUACAAGGUUAAAAUGGGCUAUCCGGAGCUGUGGGAUAUCCUCGACAAAUCUGAACGAGGCGAUGUCGUUUACGUUGCCUUGAACCCCUACCGCAGGAACGAGUUCUUCGUCGCGCUAGCAAACAACCAAGUCCACAUCCGAGCCUCUGCCCUAUGCGAAGCACACGUGGUUGAGGUGCUCUCCGACUAUCCCCAGCUGGAUGUAAUCACCACCGAGCUAUCGAACUUCAGUAACAACGUCGCGCCCACGCCGCAGAUUCCACAGACUCAUAGACGCAAGGAAUAUCUUCAGGGCAUUGCGAAGGCGGCUGGUGGCGGAGUGGGUACUGCAGUCGCUACCACGGCGAUGACCAUGAUGUGUGAGGUUAUGUGA